CAAAAAAAAAAGGAAUGGGCUAUUUCUUUUAUUCAAGACGCUACAGAAGUCACUUUCUACUAUGAAUAGCAUCAGCAGUUUCUUGGACAAACGUCCAGAAGGUUCACGACUUACACUUACAGCCGUAGCAGCAACAGUUUUAACAGCGACAGCGUUGCUUGGCUAUCAACGUUUGACACGAUCGCGUAUAGAACAAGACAAAUCGGCAUUUCACCAAGUUAUUAAGGAAGAGAAACCUUCGGGUCCAGCCAUUAUAUCGCUUAUCGAUGACGAAAUGCAUAAAACGGUCAACGGUGAGGAAGCGAAUCCCGUCAUCGAUGAGACACUUGUGGAAGAGUUGUUGGCUCGAAACAUUGCUUUUUUCGGUGAGGAAGGAGUGAGGAAAAUCCGUCAAUCGUAUGUGGUUGUUUUAGGAGCGGGUGCGAUAGGUUCAUGGACAGCUCUCAUGCUGGUGCGUUCAGGUUUAGGUCACAUUCGCAUUGUCGAUCGCGGUGUGAUUGGUGUGGAUAGCUUGACUCGUCAUGCUGUGGCGAAAGUGUCCGAUGUUGGCCAGUCCAAAUCACUCAUCAUGAAGCGUUAUCUCGCCGACAUUGCACCUCAAGCCAAAGUAGAAACAAAACAAGCUGAAGUCAACGUCCAUAGUUUGGACACAUUGAUAUUGACAGGGAGCAGGAAACCCGAUUUCGUAGUAGAUACUUUGACAGAUGUGAAAGAUAAAGUGAUGCUAGCGCAAUAUUGCCGAGAACAUGAUAUUCAAAUCGUCAGUGCUAUGAGUGCAGGAUCAAAAGCAGACCCGUCUUUGAUACAGAUGACAGACGUCAACCUAACGAUGGCUGAUCCAUUAGCUCGUAUGUACCGACGACAAUUAAGAAAAUUGGGUAUCGAUCGCGGGGUACCGGUCGUCUAUUCGAUAGAGAAAAAUGUGCAUAUGGGCAAAGAAAAAGUAUCAGAAGAUUUUAGGAGACGUUCUCUACCCAUACUCAGUCCUGUAGCGAGUAUGUUUGGUAUGGCAUUGACCACGUACAUUUUAGUACAGCUUGCAGAAUUCACAGCCUACAAGCUCCCUACCAACAAGAUGCGCGAUGGUGUUUAUGCUCGUAUGCAAAAAGAGCUGGCAUCAAGAGAAGAAUUUGUUUUCAACAAUACUGGGGUAUAUUUUUGAUGAAAUUUGGCAAGGAAAGAGUUCUAUUUCUGGAGCACAGGAUAGAAUGUUGGUGAUGACUCGAUGGGACGCGACAAAGAAAAGCAGCCUUUUGAAUACGGUGGUGAUGACAAAAGAAGAAGCCAAUGUACAUGAUAAAUUAUCGCCGGGAACAGAUUUGACAUCGCAUUAUGGCGCAGGUAAAAAAGAAAACACACCUUUGGAUGAUGACGGGCAUAAAAGACUAAAACGGUAGUAUCCAUAGACGUUGUGGAUAGGAUAAACAAGCAGUUUUCGUUGGAGCGCAAAAUGCAGGGAUUGUGGGAAUCAACAGCAUAAUAUCAGUAUAUAUUUUAUUAAACAC